AUGCCUACCGAAGCUGGUCAUAGACGUGAGUCUGCCCGAGUAUCCGCAGCAACAACAGCAGCGACAUCGUCAACGCGAAAUCUGGGCACCUUCAUGGCCGCCGUCACGACAAAGUUGGCGAUGGUCGCUGCUGGAUUGCCAAUCGAGGGUCGCCACCUGAGCUACCAACGCUCCAGGCACGCCGUCCACUCCAAGACCUCUCUCAUCAAGAUUGAGGGCGUUGACGACACAAACGCUGCCAAGUUGCGAAUCGACUAUGGGGACUACAGAAGGACAGGAGUUAACAAUGGGCACAGCUUCUACCUUGGCAAGAAGGUUGCGUACGUCUACCGUGGUCAGAAGGAGGUUCGCGGCACCAAGAUCCGCGUUAUCUGGGGCAAGGUCACCAGACCACAUGGCAACUCCGGCGUCGUCCGCGCCAAGUUCCAGACCCCUCUCCCCGCUAAGUCUUUCGGCGCCUCGGUUCGCAUCAUGCUCUACCCCUCCACCAUCUAAAUAGAGAUGGGGGAGAAUGGGCUGGGCAGGAGUUGGUCGGUAACGGGUGGUUCAUGAUUUCGGUGCAUAUGGAAUUAGACAGGGACUUGACGAAAUCAACAACGGACGGCCUUGCUUUCUAGCAUUAAAAAUCAGGGCAAUCGCAAAAAAUGACAAAAUGCCAUUUGAGGAUCCGCAACAUCUGGGGUGCAAAGGGAUUUCAGUGCUUUGGGUGCGUUGCGGGAUGGGACACAAAAUCGGCAGUUCAGGGGCGGCACUUGACAAGAGUCUUGCCAUGUCAAAAAUACAACAUUAAUGGCCAGCCUGGGGCUGAGAAGAAUCAACAGGUCUUUCCAGACGACGACAAUUGUGGCUUGGAUGCUCGGUUGGUUGUGAGCUGGGAAUGGGGGGGGCUAUUCUUGCCUGGGAGCUGGCCACGAGGUUGUGUUUUUAUUUUUUUGAGAAGGGCCUUGGGUCAGACAGCACUUAUCAGAACCACUCAGUCUUCCAUUUUCUCAAUUCGUUCUCAAUAUGGAUUCUUGAUUCUUGUGUGUUGUGGCGUGUUGCUAACCAGUGUUGGACAGAGCUUAUCCAAGGGACAGAGCUUAUCCAAGGGGCAGAACCCAUCCAGG